AUGUCGACAGUAGGCAUGUCUCGAAAUACCCAAGAUCAAACGGCGGGGAAAGUGGCCUCGCUCUAUGCAGGCCCUGGUCACGCUUCGAAUUCAACUUCCAAUGUUAGUGACUAUGUCAGCUAUCGAUUCGUUCUAAACCACAAAGUCCAAACGAUAUCAAGUAACGGUAUUCCCGACAGUGGAUCAGUCGCAGGUCUCUUGUUUGUACCGACUCUAGGGCCUGAAGAUCCAUGCAACAAUAUUACUGCUUCGUCUGUGCCAUCAAAUGUGACCCGUUAUGAGGAUGUGUCGGAAUUUGGAUACUCUCUCAUUGGUCUGGCUCCUUGGGUUACCGCCGAAUGCUCUUCGUCAUAUCUAGAUGCCGCACGGAAAGCUGGAUCACAUGGCCUGAUCUUCUUCCAACCAUCACUCAACGAGACCGAGCUACCGCCUUCAUCAGAUGAUCCCAAAUGGACAAUCAAUGAUGGUGAUGAAUGGAGGAUGGAAAACGAUUAUCCAGUCUAUGCCAUUCCUGGUGCAGCUGGAGCGACAUUGAUACGUGACCUCUCCCACUUUUCGGACAGCGCAAAUAUCACCGCUAAGAGCAACUCCAGCGAGGGAUUUGCAGUGCAACCCAAAAGUGAUCGAUUGUUUGCUAGAGUCGAUAUCGACACAGACUCCUCUGGAGAAAUGCCAAGUCUCUGGGCUUUCAUACUUGCAAUUGCGGGAACAGUCCUGAUACUUAGUCUGCUGCUGGUCAUUAUUUAUCGUCUUGUUUUACGGAAGAGGAGAGAUAUUCUAUUGCAGCGUAUCAACGAUGGCCAAAUCGACAUCGAAGCUUUGACAAUGACACCAUUGAAGGCUCCUCGAGAAGUGGUUGACAAAAUGCCACUCUACACCUACCUCGAGAUUAAUCCAGAAGAAGAAACGACAAUUACUCGACCGACUACACCGGACGACGAUGCUACACUCAAUUCUGGUUAUAACACUGCCCCGUCAUCUCCCAAUCAACAUCAGCAUCUGGACGAUGCCUCACCCAAGAAACCGGAGCCAGCAUACAUCAAACCGGCAGAAGGAGAGAAAGAGGAGUCACAAAAAGCCAAGUACAGACUGAGCCACACUCAGACUACUUGUGCUAUCUGCAUCGACGACUUUGUCGCUGGAUCGUCGUUGGUCCGUGAACUGCCGUGCGGUCAUAUAUUUGAUUCAGGAUGCAUUGAUCCAUUCCUUAUUGAGAACAGCUGCUUGUGCCCUCUGUGCAAGAAGAGCGUUCUACCGCCGGGAACUUGCCAUGUUGCUGUGACCAACGAAAUGGUUCAACGAGAGCAUCUUUCGAGGCGUCGUUUUCUUCCUCGAACUUUUCGCGACAACGACAACCGACGACCUCGUAUGGGUGCCCUCAAGUACGUGGAAGAAAUCCAAAAGAAGAAGCAGUCCGAUGUGAUUCGCUUCCUGCUGCGCGUCCGAUGCUGGGAGCUCCGCCAGCUGAACGCCAUCCACCGUGCCUCGCGCCCCUCCCGCCCCGACAAGGCCCGUCGUCUCGGUUACAAGGCCAAGCAGGGUUACGUUAUCUACCGUGCCCGCGUCCGCCGCGGUGGCCGCAAGCGCCCCGUCCCCAAGGGUGCCACUUACGGCAAGCCCACCAACCACGGAGUCAACCAGCUCAAGUACCAGCGUGCUCUCAAGUCCACCGCUGAGGAGCGUGUUGGCCGUCGCGCUGCUAACUUGCGUGUCCUGAACUCCUACUGGAUCAACCAGGACUCGACCUACAAGUACUUCGAGGUUAUCUGUGUCGACCCCCAGCACAAGGCCAUCCGUCGUGAUGCCCGCAUCAACUGGAUCUGCGCCCCCGUUCACAAGCACCGCGAGUCCCGUGGUCUCACCGCCACCGGCAAGAAGUCCCGUGGUAUCAACAAGGGCCACCGCUACAACAACACCAAGGCUGGUCGCCGCCACACCUGGAAGCGCCAGAACACCCAGAGCUACUGGCGUUACCGUUAAGUGCGAUAGUGCACUUCUGCAGCGAUUUGGGUUGGAAAAUGUUGGUCACAGCAUGUGGUUUUUUAUCCGAACACUUCUUUCCCAGACAGUGUCACCCACGCUGGGCUCAACUUUAAUGCAGACCUUCCGGAUCUGUUGUUAGCCAAAAAGCCAUCUUGUUAAAUGUUCAAAUUCCCCUAUUAACGAAGUAUGACUGGUUCAACUCCGUG